CUGCUGCUGCUGCUGCACGGUGCCAACUUAAGUGACACUCUGUACCAGGUGCAGAGACUCGGAAUAGCUGGGACACGUACUGAUACAAAUGCUCAAGACGCGCAGUCAGUGAUUGCAGCGUAACCACGAAGUCAAGUGCGUCACACAAAAGUUUUACGGGAACUGUUAAACCGAUCUUUAUGGGGUUUGGCGCUUUAUAAGCGCGCGCUUGGGGCACUGGACCAACUACUAAUACAAAAGCAGCGAUUUAUAAGAUCUACUCUGUCUCUGGACUCGCUAUUAUUUUUGAUUGCAGUAUGGGACAGCAAGGCUCCAAAUCCUCCAUGGAGACGAGAGUGUUUUUCCAUCGCGUUGUCACAGUCGACAUGGAUCAGAGAACAGACGCAUGUUCAGCGUCUGCUACUGUUGUCCACAUUCAGAAGAAGGUGACCACUCAGUCCAUCUGUCUCCACUCUUCAACUCGGGCACCGGAGAAGUCGCCAUCCCGCUCUUGGCUCCAAAGCCGCUGUGACAGCAGUGGGCUGGUGUACGUGAUGGACAACCCAACCGGAGGCGUGUGGGUGAAGCCGGAGGAGAACUGGACUAGAUCCUGAUAGUAUCAAAUCUCUGAGUGACUUUCAAACGAAUUCAUCGACGAAAUUAAGUCCACGCGCCUCGUGAUCGGAUGCCCUGCGCGCCCUGAAGCUUUGGCGUCUUGAUUCCCAGCUGCUGCAGCAGCAGGAUGGCGGUGAUUUGCGCCUCCAAGAGUCGAGGUGGAUUUCUAUCGUGUCUGCGACGUCGGAGGAGAAUUGGAUCAUCAUUUAAAUUGAUUGAUUUAGUCAAAUGUGACACUGUCAUACUAAGAUGAUGAGAAGAUAUCUAAAGUAGCAUUCACCGUGCAAGAAUAAUGUGGAGUAGAUGAAACACAGGUGUCAGUUAGCACUGAGAGUUGGUCAGACCUUCCACUUUUGGAUGAAGCCGCCAUUCUGAUAUACAUCAGGGUCCACUGCCUCCCUCCUCCUCCAGUGCCUGACUUUUAUUUAUUUACCUUUGGUUUUAUUUGACUUAAACUCCCUUUGCACACUUAAUUUAACGAAUGUCUUAUGGUUUAUUGAUUGUUUUUGGUCACAUUUUUAAGUAUGACGCGUGGAGGUCAGUGGAGAGUAAAGACAACAUUAGAAUGUCUUUCAGUAACUCGAGCCUUUCAUAUUACUGAGUUUUUUAUUGGCGUUCUGGAGAGUCAUCUGGGUUUUACAGAAGUAUGUGGGGAAUAUGACGAUGAUAACAUCCAUCAGAUGUUGAAUAUCGAUCUCAUAGAUGGAAUGAAUUGACUGUUUUUUAAUGUUGAACUGAAAUGUGAAGAGUCCAAAGUGGUUCUUCAGAGAGAACAUUUUUAUUGUUAUUCUUUGGUUCUUGAGGACUGCAAUGUUCAUAUUACUUCAGGUUGUGUAUCAUGUUACUGUGAACAUUAAAUUCCUGAGGAAAAUAAAUAAGCACUGUAUUUCACGAUUUAACUAAAGGGUGACACCUUCACACGUAUUAAUUGAGAGAUGUGUAAGAGCAAAUUGAGGUGUUAAAGAAGACCAAAGACCCCAUCUACUCUGAAACAGUGUUGAAUUGAACUCUUUUAUUGUUAUUUAAACACACAUCUUACGCUUAGUGCAAGUUUAACAUUCCCAGUGUUAAACUUGCAGUAUAUUUGGUCCUAAAUGAAAUGGAUGUUACAUUUUAGUGUUACUGUAACAUACCAUUUCACAAACUAUUAUACCUCAAAUCUAUGUGGUUUCAUUGGGUAUAUCUACUUAAGUGCACUUACAGAUGAUAGAUCUCAGUGGGUUUAUCCUAAUUAGAUUGAAUAUUUAUAUGCAAUUUCCUAAAAUGCAUUGUGACAACACUUCCCUUGCAUACAAAUGGAACAUGCACUGUAUAAAAUACAGAUGGACAUUGUUGAUUUUAUUACAACGGUGUAUUUUACAGUGCACAAUACCGCGGCACCAACGUCAGGAGCGAACUUUGCUCCCUGGCGUGGCUCUUUAUCUGUGAGUUAUUGGCCUCCUGGAGCAAAUGGUUCAUUUAUUAAACACCGGGCAACGCACUGAGCAAACACUGCGUCAAAACACGGUACUGUAUGAGGAAGAUGUGACUUCCCACCUCGAGUUGACUGUCUCACCUCCCCACGUAGCAAUGGGCCUUCGAGGAUCUAAGCCACCUGAAGCCCAUGUUCUUCUUCUGGGCCUGGACAACGCGGGGAAAUCCACUCUCCUCUAUAAACUGAAGCACAACUUGAGUGUGAGCACCGUCCCCACGAUCGGCUUCAACGUAGAAACGAUUGAGACGAGGAAGAAGGGCAAGAACAUCGCCGUGAUACUGUGGGAUGUGGGUGGUCAGGGCAGUAUGCGCGAGCAUUGGAGGAGUUUCCAUCCGGACGCGGCAGCUGUGGUGUUUGUCGUUGACAGCGCGGACCAGGAGCGUCUGGGAGAGGCGCGACGGGAGCUGGAGAAAACGCUGGCGAGCGAGCCUCUGUCCGGCCUUCCGCUUAUUCUCAUCGCCAACAAACAGGACGUGCACGGCGCUCUGACUGCAACGGAAAUGAAGGACAAGAUUAACCUGAAGAAGGUUUGUUCGGGACGGGACUGGUUCGUCCAGCCUUGUUCCGCAUCCACGGGGUUUGGAGUGGAAGAUGCCUUCAAACGAGUGGUCCAAAUGGUCAAACUGUCAUCAGAACCUGGCGCGAUGAAGGAAAACAUCAAGGACACAGUGCACUAUUUAAAAGCAACCAGCAGACACUGA